AUGCCCGCCAAAGGUCCCAAUAUUAUACCAAAACAGGCGCCAUCCCCUAUUGCGAUAGCAGGAUCACCACCUUCUUCCUCUGCAUCAACACCAAGAAGUGCAGCCAGUCCACCAGUGAGUGUGAAUACCAAAUCAUCAAACAACAAUACCAUAGUGCCACGUCAAGUGAUGUCGAUCCAAACUUCAAAGGAAUGGGUUCUCCCACCAAGACCAAAACCUGGAAGAAAACCAAGUGUCGAUACACCAGCAUCAAAAAGAAAAGCCCAAAAUAGAGCAGCACAGAGAGCAUUCAGAGAGAGAAGAGCAACCAGAGUACAAGAAUUAGAACAAAAACUAAUGGAAGUUGAAAAGGAAAGGGAUAUCAAAGAAAUGGCAUUAGUAAACACUAUAAACAAGUUAAAGGUAGAGAACCAGUUUUUAGUUAAAAAUUUGGAACAAUUAAAAGGCGAAAUGAACCAAAUAAAACAAUCCUAUUCUCGUUCACAACAACAGCUAAUAUCGAAACCAUCACCAGCAGAAGCUGCUGCUGGUGCACAACAAAUCAAGCCUUCAUUUUCAUUUGCAAGCAACCUGGCCUCUAGUAACCAUCCUUCUCCUUCUCACCACAAUAGCAUAUCACCAACAGGCUCGUCAUACUCUGUACAACAGAUUUCUCCAGCACCAUCUACCGAUCUGCCACCAAAUUCGUACAACAUAAACAAUGACUCAUAUAGACAAUUUCAGUCAACUUUGACUCCUAUUCCCAGCAACAAUACUCCUGAUAAACCUAUAAGUGCCACUGAUGUAGCUAACUUUGAUUGUGGUGUGUGUCCAAAGGAAGAGUGUCUUUGUGAAUCAGUGGGUUUAAAAGAGCCAACAAAAGACAAAGCAGAAGACGCUAAAAAGCAACUUCAGAAUCAAAUUAAUUCUUUCAAGCCAAUGCCAGCAGUUUCUUUAUCGAGAAAACGCAAAAUAAAAUCAACUGAUGAAGAACAAGAGAUUGAUUUCACUAAACAAUUUAGUCUGAGAACAAAACCAAUGCCUGACUUGAAAAAAUUGAAGAAGACAACUCUUUCUCAUGAAACUGAAACUGAAACUGCAUCUACUUUUAAUGAGGAUUCUCCAGUUGAUAAUUGUGGAUUUUGUUCUGAUGAUACUCCCUGUGUAUGUCGUGAAGCUGCCAAAGAAGCAGCUAAAUUGAAUGAGUACUUGAACAACCCUCACCAAUCGCUGAUAAUUGAAGAAGAGAUACUGGAACAAGCCAAGACAUUACCACCUUUACAAACCAACAACUCAAACCACAAUUUCAGUAAGUCGGCGCUACCGGUAAUGCAUCCUGGUCCAACUGUGGAAAUCCGUGAAUUCACAAACAUUAAUACUGUACCAAAUGUGUUACCAGCUUCUAAAAACGAAAAUGAACCGGAUUCUCUGGGUAAGGAUUCUUCUUCUGAUAGUGGUUGCACUGGUAAUCCAGGAACAUGUCGCCAAUGUCAAAUGGAUCCAAUGUCUACAUUAUUUUGUACUACUGUCGCUAGUCGAAGCACAAAAACAGGUUCUGUUUCUUCAACAAGACAAUCAAUAUCAAGAACAAAUUCAAAGACAUCAAUAUCGAUUGAUUCUUUAAAUAACCCUCAAAGUCCAAUACCCCCUCCAUUACUAGCAAACAAUAAAACCAACAGUGGGGGCUCAAGUGCAGCAACACCAACACCAACAACACCAUCCCACUCAUCAUCUGUUCUGAGCAAUAGUGGUAUUUUCAUUCCGUGCUCAGAUGCUUAUAAGACUUUAUCUCGUCAUAAAAAGUUCAAUUCAGUUGAUUUCACAACUUUAGUUGGUAAAUUAACAACAAGAGGAAUGCAAGUUGAAGUGCAAUCUGUGGCCAAUGUGUUACGAGAGUUGGAUCGAAGAUUAUAUAAUUAG